CUACAGCAGCCGGCCUGACAAGCACCAACAAACGCACACAUACAGCGAUAUGAACACGGCCACAAAAUCCGUGUGAAUGAGUGGCGUUUCCUCACCUUCAGGGAUUGCAAACUACAUCAAAUGAUCCGCCAUGUGUUUCUCCAGUGCUGGUUGUGUGUGAUUGUGAAGCCCUCGAUGCGGACGCUCAAGGCACCGAUGUUGGUACCCACAGGGAUGGAGGCGCGUAUUGAAUCCUGCUGCUGAACAUCAGGUUCGCAGCAGACCAUCAGCUUCAAAGACUGGAGGCCCCUGAGGUGCGGUAUAUGAUCGAUCAGCGAUAAGAGGCGGUCGCGGACGACGCUGCCGGCAUCCUCCACAUCAGGAGGCACUGAAGGUGAACACACACAAGGCAGCAAUGAGGACGGACGGACACAGUUCCCUCUCCUCUCGGCGUACGUGUCAUGGUGAAUUCUAGUGUCCUGAUCGUCGGCAAUCUGCCGGCCGCCCCCAUCAGCAGUUGCUCUAGUUGGUCGACACCGAUGUCCCCAACCACCACCUCACCCACCCCCGUCUCCCUCCCCAGCGCCGCCAACACGCCCACCUUCUCAUCACCGGACAUCUCGCUGAUGUCCACCCUUUCCACCUCCUUGGCCAUCUUUCCGGCCAGCAGCCGGGCAGCAGCACCACCCAGCUUGCUCUGGAUAUACAACCGUGUGAACUUUGGCAGGGGCUGCAGGUGUGUGAUGAUGGCGGGGUGGGGCGACAGGGUGUUGGCCGGGGGCUGGAAGCCACGGGUAUUGAUGACGAACGCUAGCGUGGCCUUGUCGAAUGAGAGGCUGGAUGCGAUGUCGAUGGCCGAUUGGCUGGGGUUGGUGUGCGGGUCGGUGAGGCCGUCCUGAGUGAAGAUGUAGUUCACUUCCAAGGCUUUUCGUGCAAAUUGCUGCAUCAUGGCCUUGAAUGAGGGUGAGGGGUGGGUGGGGAAGGCAUUGUCGUAGAAGAUGGAGAGGUCGAACACCAGAAAGCCGCCGGUAGUGGUGAGUUGAGCGUCCGGUCGGCAGCACAUGGUGACCAGUCGGUUGAGGGUGAGCAGCACGGGCAAGGUGUAGGGGCUGAUAGAGACCCAGCCGGGAUGGAACCGCACGUGCAAUGGGGCGAGCGACUGUCGGCAGCCACGCGCCACGAGCACUUCCUGCAAACAAGAAUACACACAGAUACAGGAAGGACAUCAUGAGCAAACCCACCCCCUCUGCUGUCCUGUGCGUCCUUUGUGAUCACCUGAAGCAAAUCGAUUUCCGCUGGGCUGUUAUGAAUAUCGACCUCGAUAGUGCCGAUGCUCUCCAGCUGUGCGAGUGGCCCCCCCUGCUGCCCAGCAGGUGGAGCGGGGAUGGCAUCGAACACAGCCGCCCACACCUCACCCUAAAAGCUACCGUCCACACGCCGCAGGGAGUGGGACGAGCUGAUGAACCGGCCCAGUCUGUAGGCGUCCCAACCCUCCUGCCGCACGACGGCGAGUGAAGGCAUCAGCCAGUCGCGGUCGGCCAGCCCCUGAUGCUCGCGGAGCAGACCGGCAAUGGUGGUGAGUGCGUGGAGCGUCGGGGGCGGCUCGAGAGGCGCGGGGAGGGGCGGAUCAGUCCGUGCGACGGUCUGCCUCGCCGUACCGGUCAGCCGAGCCCCCUCUUGGAUGGUGAUGCUGUGCAGGGUCCCGCCGUCCAU